UGAGGAGUAACCGUUGGCGGCGUUAAUGCUGGUUUCUCGCGGCUCAACACAACCUCACCUAUUUCUCUCCCGUUGAGCAGAACGCGGGCACCGCAGCAGACAUGUUCACCCCCCGAGCCGCCCCGAGCUCCGGCCGCCGGCAGCAGGGCAGGACCACCGGGAGGAAGAGUGUCUCCGGUGCGGCCACCAGUCUGCUGUUCUCCUCCCCGCGCAGGACCGGGCUGUCGGCGAGGUCCACGCCCACCAGAGCGCAGAGCCAUUCGGCUGCAGACUCGAUCAACUACGACGUGCAAACCUUCGGCUCGUCGCUGCCGGUCAAAGUGAUGGAGGCGCUGACGACGGCCGACGUCGACGACCAGAUCUCGGUGAAGGUGAAGGAGAGCGGCUGGGCCUGGAUGGUUUGUGGCGAGCGGCUGAUCAUCUGGAAGAUCUGCCAGACCGCGGUGGCCAAGCUGUCGGUGUGUAAGGAGCUGCAGCUGCCCGCCAGCGAGUACAACUACACGGCCGACCUGGUGGCCGUGUCGUCCGCCGCUCCGCUGGAGACGGCCCCCGUCCAGUCCAUCUCCGUCCUGGCCGUGGCGGCGGAGGGGACGGCCCGCCUGUGGACCAGCUUGGCCCAGGAGGGCAACUACACGGAGACGGACGUGGACCUGGGAGACCUCUGCAACUUUGUGGUUGCCGUCUCUGGCCAAAGCUUCAUCCUGUCCUCGAUGAAGAGUCGGCUGUUGAGAGCGAGUGCCGAUUCCUCGGGGAAGCUGCAGUGCCGAGCCCUGCAGCAGGGUCAGGGCGUGCUCUCCGGCAUCGGGCGCCGCGUCUCCAGCCUGUUCGGCAUCCUCUCGCCGCCAGCCAACGACACCCUGCACAGCGUGCUCUGGGUGGGCGGAGCCAGCUGCCUCUACACGCUGACCAGCUCCAGUCUGAGCAAGUGGGAGCUGGACGACAGCUGGGAGCACCAGGUCCUCAGCUGGGACGCCCAGCGGCCACUGACCGACGGCAUCACCGACGCCAUCUGGGGGUCAGAGAGCGACUACGAGGAGCUGAAGGAGGGAGCGAAUGUGACCUAUCUGGAUAUGAAGCUCAGCCAAGCCGGUCUGGUGGUUUUGGCUGCAGCCUGGAACCCGUCGGACUCUCCCUGCCUGGCCUACUUCUGCCUCGUCACCCUGCAGGACAACGGAGCCGCCAUCGCCGACCAGUUCACCGUGGAGGUCACCAAGUACAACCCCCCAUUCCAGAGCGAGGAGGCUCUGCAGACCACUCGGCUAGCGCUGCCGCACCGGCCCGGCUCCACGGCCUUCCUGUACAACGAGGAGCUGGUGUUCGCUUGCUCCACGGGAACCGGCAGGGGGGGGGGGCUCCCCGACGAGAGAAUCAGCUUCAGCUCACCCGGUGACGGUGUUCGUGGAGGCGGCUGCUGCGCCGACCUGCCCGUGUUCUUCUCCCAGAACAGCGGCCUGGUGGCGGUGGUGGCCCGGGAGAGCGCCUCCAUCCUGCCGGAGAUGAUGGAGGACUCCCUGUUCUCCGCGCUGGAGGCGGGGCCAGAGGUUUCGGUGAUGGAGACUCCGACCAGAGGAGAGCCCGUCGCUCAGGAGGACAAAACACGACUCCUGAAGUCUGCUUUCCUGCAGUUCUGCCGGAACGAUCUGGUGGGCGCUCAGACGGUCACGGACGAGCUCUUCCCCGCCGACGCCGACGGCGACGGGGAAGAUGGCGCCGAGCUGGACGCCAUGGUGAUCCGAAUCAACCUGGACCUGGUGGACGAUUACCCGGCUUCAGACCCCCGCUGGGCCGAGUCCGUCCCCGACGAGAGCGCCGGCUUCCCUCUCACCUCCCUCAUCAUCCUCCACCAGCUGGAGGACAAGAUGAAGGCCCACGGCUGCUUCAUGAACUUCCUGCUCCAGGUGGGUCUGCUGCACCGCCUCGGCCACUCGACGGUGCGCUCCUCCGUCAUGGCGACGCGCCUGCUGCUGUGCGAACACGCCGAGAAGCUUCAGGCGGCGAUGGUGCUGAAGAACCACCACGCCAAGCGCGGCGAGCUGGUGAACCGGGCCAUCGGCAUCGCGCUGCAGAGGAGCGGCGCCGCCAUCCCGCCCAGCCUCACGGCCGCCGACGUCUUCUUCAGAGAGGUGUCUCAGAUCUCCUCGGUGUUCGACUGUCUGCUGGACGAGGAGGAGCGGAGUCUGAAGGAGAACCCGGUGGACUCGGUGCAGUGGGCCGAAGCGGUUCUGUCCGUCAACAACAUCAUCAAAGACAUGCUGCAGGCUGCUGGUCAGUACAGGGAGACGAAGGCCUUCAUGUACAGAGCGUCUGAAAGCUCUGCCGUGGAGCCGGAGUACGUCCCGUGGACAGCGUCGGGCGGCGCCGGCGUCCGCUCCGUCAUCUCCCGCCAGCACGAGAUCGUCCUGCGCUCGGUUUACCCGCACGCCGACUCGGAGCUGCGCAGCGCCCUCUGCGAGCAGCUGGUGGCGCUGUUGGACAUCUACCUGGGCGGCUACGUGGCCCAGCUGACCUCCCUGCAGCAGCAGAGGCCCCCGGGGGCCCAGCAGGAGCGCUACAACAGCCUGGAGAUGGAGUACGGCCAGCGGCGCUCCGAGCUGCUCGCCCCGCUCUUGGAGCUGGGUCAGUACGAGUGGGUGGCGGCGCUGGCUGAGAAGUACUGUGACUUUGACAUCCUGGUUCAGAUGUGUGAGCAGACCGACAACCAGAGCCGGCUGCAGCACUACAUGGCCAAGUUCGCCGACCAGAACUUUGCUGACUUCUUGUUCCGCUGGUACAUGGAGAAGGGGAAGAGGGGGAAGCUGCUGUCCCAGCCGGCCGCGCAGCACCAGCAGCUGGCCAGCUUCCUGCAGUCACACCAGCACCUGAGCUGGCUGCACCACAUCCACGUCCACGACUACUGCAGUGCCAACCGGACGCUCUACGGUCAGGCCAACAUGGAGACGCGCUACUUCGUGAAGAAGAAGACGCUGCUGGCGCUCAGUAAGCUGACGCUGCUCGCCUCCGACCUGCCGGAGGACCAACUCGACAAACAAGUCAAUGACAUCGUGGAGCAGGAGCGCUUCCUGCUGCACCAGGAGACUCUUCCCCGGCAGCUGCUGGAGGAGAAGCAGCAGAACCCCGACACCAUGCCGCUGCUCAGCGCGCACGACCUCAUACAGCUGUACAUCUGCGACGACAACAGGCGAGCCAACGAGUACGACUUCAAAAAGGCUCUGGAGCUGCUGCCCUACAUCACCGAGGAGGAAGCCGUGGACAUCGACUCGCUGAAGCGUGAGAUCUUCGGCAAAGUGCUCAGGAGAGACGCCUGGUCCUCGGAUGACGGGACCGACGACCCUCUGGAAGCCGCCAAGGACAGCAUCUUUGUCAAGAUCCUCCUCAAACUCAUCCAGGAAGGAGUUCCUCUGCAGACGUACCUGCCGGACGUCAAAGAUCUGCUGGAGUUGGACGAUCUGAGCAGUUUGAAAUCCAAACCCUAUUUUGCAUUUGUCCUUCAGGCUAAUUAUGAGCAUUACCUGGAGGUCCAGAUGUGACGACCUUUUGCACUUCGGCUUUCAUUCGCGUUCCAGUAAUUUUCAAUAUUUGUUUGAAUGUUUCUCAAUAAAUGUGUUAUUUCUCUA